AUGCUGCUGACAGCUAUCGUGUCGCGAGUGGAUGACGUAAUCGGUGUGCGUCUGUUUUGAUUCGUAUGCAGUAGCAUGGCUCUGUUUCCCUCCUGUGCUGAGAUAUCAAACACUGACAACUCUGCUGGCGAUAAAGGAGAUCUGGAAUGGCUGAGCAAUAAGAGCUUCAGCACAGAGGCAUUAAAGACUCGCCAGCGUGCAACAGAGAGAGCACAACCAGAGACAGAAGAAGCGACACACGCGAGUCAGCAGAAGUGCCCAGAGAGGGAAGACAGCCAUGGCAGAUCGAAGAAGCGGAAGAAAGAAAAAAAGAAGAAACGAAAGAAGGAGAAGAAAAGCAAAGAUGAUUCUGGAAGCAGUGGUUCAGAAUCAGACACCGUCUACCCGAGUGACCUGUUGAAACAGGAAAACACUGACAGGCAGGAAGCUCAGGUUCGGGUGAGCGGGGCUUUUAUGUGGCUGGAUGACCUCCAGUCCCCCACCGACUCCCCCUUCUGCAUCGACAGGAGAGCGGACCGUGCCAACUGGGAAUACAAAUCUCUCUAUAGGGGAGACAUAGCCAGGUAUAGAAGGAAGGGGGGCUCAUGCCUAGGUUUGGACUUCAGGAGGCAGGCCGUAAGCUGGGUUGAAGGUGACCCAAAGAAGCGGGCAGACAGGAAACCUGAACGAUAUUUCUCUUCUUCUACACGCCAGCUGCUCCGCUCGGACGGCCAGGUGGUUUUACCCGUGACCGCUGCCACCAACUCUGAUUCUUACAUCCAACUUCCAGCCUGCACCGACGAGCAGGACUCUUACACCCAAGCACCUGUAUCGUGGCUCAAUCCACUGGGCAUCUAUGACCCUGGCACAUCUCUGUGGCUGGAGGGCAAGGGCCAGCCGGAGGUCAAGGGUGAUCAACAGGGCGUUGACGACGCCCAAAGUACCGGCAGCACCCAGAUUACUGGACGCGUGGAGGAAUUUAACAGGAAGUUACGAGAGAAUCCUACAGAUAUUCAGAUGUGGCUAGACUUUGUACACUUUCAGGAUGAACUGGCUUUUGGCUCUGGGUCUUUUUCUGCGUCCAAGGACAGUGAUGGUGACAUGAGGAAGAUGUCUCUUCGGGCCGUGCUGGAGAAGAAGCUGUCGAUCAUGGACAGGGCGGUGGAGAGCAACCCUGGCAACGUGGACUUGAAACUGGAGAAACUUCGCCUGUGCAAGGAACUGUGGGAGCCUGCGGUCCUGCUGAAGGAGUGGAAGAAACUGGUGUUUAUCCACCCGAACAGCGCCCCCUUAUGGAGGAAGUAUCUGCUUUUUACACAGAGCAAUUUCAGUACUUUCUCUGUGUCAAAGGUCAACAGCGUGUUCGGAAAGUGUCUGAGCACGCUCAGCGCAGUGCAGGACGGCAGUAUGGUGUCUCACCCUCCAUUACCAGGCACACAGGAAGACAUUUUAGAGAUCUUUCUUCAGCAGUGUCAUUUCUUACGGCAGGCGGGUCACACUGAGAAAGCCGUGUGUCUCUUCCAGGCCCUGCUGGACUUUACUUUCUUUAAGCCAGACAGUGUGAAAGACCUGCCCACCAGACAGCAGGUGGAGUUUUUUGAGCCGUUUUGGGACAGCGGAGAGUCUAGGAUUGGGGAGCGGGAAGCUCGUGGAUGGAAAGCAUGGAUGCUUCAACAGCAAAGAGGAGGAUGGGUGAUUCCACCUGAGCCAGAUGAUGAUGAUGAUGAUGAAGAACAAGAGGACCCUGAGAUCAAAGACAAAACCUGGCCAAAGUGGAAGAUCUGGCUGGAUGUGGAGACGUCACGUGAGGCAAACCACUGGUUGCCAUGGAGACCAGAUAAAACCAAGGGCCAAUCAGAAGAAGACUGUGAAGAUCCCGACAGGCAGGUCUUGUUUGAUGAUAUCGGCCCUUCUAUGAUUCGUGUAGACAGGCCUGAUCUCCAGCUGCGGUUGAUCCUGGCCUUCCUGCAGUUCCUCGGGCUGCCUACAUCAUCUGGAAAGGUCUCAGCACCCACUGACUCGAACGUUCUGCUGGAUGACCUCUCUUUGCUUGAAGAGGGACCUGACACAGAGAGACCUCUGACCUCUUAUGACCUUCCGGCGACCGGGAUGUCUGCAGUGGGUCACAUGACGUUUCUGAGUGACCGCAGGAAGCAGCCGGGGCUAUGUAGGGCAGGGGAGGAGUUUCUGCAGAACGUCCUGGAGCGAACGCUUCCACUCGUCUCUGCACGGGAUCGAGCUGCCGUCGCUCUCUGCUGGCUACAGUAUGAGAAACUUAAGGUCCUGAGAUGUUUACAUAGUGGGAAUAAGAAGCGUCUGAAGGCUCAGGGGAAGCGUAGUAAACGUCUGGCCAAACGACUGCUAAAGGAGCCCGAGAACAGAGGGAGUCUGGCGUUAUGGAGAGAGUACGCCCAUCUGGAGUGGCUUCUAGGUAAUCUGGAAGAGGCGCGCAAAGUAUUUGACACUGCCUUGGGUAUGGGCGUGUCCAAAGGUCUUAAUGACCCCGCCCUCUGCAACCUCAGCCUUCUCUACGCCCAGUUAGAGGUAGAGCAGGCCUCGAAGAGCGGACCAGUACCCACUUCUUCUCCGGCCGUCUACAUCCUCACUAAAUUAGCGGAGGGUGCGGCGUAUACCCCUUUCUCGGGCCAAAUCAACCCAGUGGCCAUACUGAAAGCUAGAAAGGCCUACGAGCAAGCUUUAUUGAAUGCAGGCAGUAAGAAAUGGACAUCCAGCCUGGUCGGAUGUUUUGGACUUUUCCAGUACCUGACAAUGGGAAUUGAUGCGGCUGAUGCCGUGUACGGUCAAGCCAGGCAAAAAGCUGUGAAUUCGGAUGCGAGUCGCAGAAGGGAUUGGGAGUCUAUUGCCGUUCAGCACGUGGCCCUGCUGCGGCACCACACCAGCACCAAUGUUUUCCCUCUGUCCCGACUCCGACUGGCUCUUACCGAUGCUCUUUCGUUACUGCCCUCCAGCGCCCCCUUGUGGCAUCUCUACCUGCAAACGGAGAACCGUUAUCACAGCGCGGGGCGUACACGCAGGUUUUUCCACAGUGUAGCUAAGAGAGCUGAAAGUGUUGUGCCGUAUCUGUUCGCCAUCACCGCGGAGCAAAGACUCAAACAGCUGCUGGACUCGGUGCAGAGGUCUGGUAUUCCUGGAGACGCUCUCCCCAUCCUUCCGGAAAAUGGCCUUAGCAAUCGUAUCCGCUGUCUGUUCGAAGCAGCUGCUGCUACAGAACAUGGCGCUCACUGUCCUCUGCUCUGGAGAAUGUAUCUGAACUUUAUGGUUUGUGAUGGGAAUGCUGAGAGGGGCAGUGGGGUCUUCUAUAAAGCUCUUCAGGAAGUGCCUUGGGUAAAGGGUUUGUACAUGGACGCAGUGCAGCUUUUUCCAGAGCGCGUGCAGGAGUUUUUAGAUCUUAUGACUGAGAAGGAGUUGCGUCUGAGAGUACCCAUGGAGGAAGUGGACAUCUUGCUGGAGGACUGACCAAACAUGGUGCACUGCAGCCUGUCAAUCAUUGAUGCCACCCUGAAUGACAGCUGAAGAUUAAACUACAGAUGCUUUGUGAAUUGUAUUUUUCCAUUUUUGGAUUAAAUAAUAAGAGUAUGUUGAAGUAA